AUGCCUGCCGCAAAAUGGUCCCGUCUCAUUGGUACCCAGCGCCUGUAUCGGUCUUCCCAGACAGUUACCGUAAUUGGGCAACAGGCCUACAUCUUUGGAGGCGAGCUGAUCCCGCGACAACCAAUAGACAACAAGUUCGACGUGAUUGAAAUUUCGAAUAAAUUGGGUAAUAAUUAUUUCUGUGAAAGCGGGUUUAAUCUAAUAUUCGCAGACACUUCAGCACAGACGCUUCCUCCUCCGACCGAAGCUCCUGCGCCCCGGGUAGGCAGCGCGAGUACGGCCCUCCGGGGCAAGAUUUGGAUAUUCUCAGGCCGCGGCGGCCUCGAAAUGCAGCCGGUGGAAGAGCAUGGGGCAUUUUGGUGCUACGACCCGAAGGCGUCUAAGUGGACAUUGAUCAGGCCCGCCAACGAGACAGCGUACCCAGCUGGAAGAAGCUAUCACUGCGUCACCUCAAACGGCACCAACACAAUCUUUGUGCACGCCGGAUGUCCAGAAUCAGGACGGCUGUCCGACUUUUGGUCUUUCGAUAUCGAGACCAACUCUUGGACGGAGCUGCCCUCUGCGCCCGGGCCUGCAAGAGGUGGCGCCUCCAUUGCAUACAACCAAGGCAAGAUAUACCGCGUCAACGGAUUCGAUGGCACAAUUGAGAUAGGCGGUGUCGUCGACGUGUUUGAUAUUGCCGCGCAGUCGUGGACCACAGUGUCGUACACGCCUGACGGUGUCCGAGCUCCGGAAGCGCGCAGCGUCGCCGCCUUGCUGGCUCUCACAAUCCACGGCAAGGCAAACCUCGUGACCAUGUUUGGCGAGCGAGAUCCUAGCGCGCUCGGACAUGCGGGUGCGGGCAAGAUGCUCGCUGAUGCGUGGGCGUGGGAUAUUGAGCUGGCAGAGUGGCACAAGUUGGAGACGGACGGCGAGACGCCUGAGCCCCGAGGAUGGUUUGACGCGGAUGUGGUGCAUGACGAGAAGGCCGAUGCCAUUAUUUUGCAUGGCGGCAUCAACGAGGAGAAUAAGAGACUGGGCGAUGUCUGGAGGUUGAGCUUUUAG